CGAGUCUCGACCUAUUAACGAACCGGGGAAACCAAAAAACGUCCUCUGAAAGCAUUCAAUCCAGAGAUUAGUUCAUCAUUUCUCAAGUUGCCGCUCUCUUCCUCGCUUCCUAAUUGGAAGUAGGGGAAGAGUCAUACCGGAGAAAAUCUUCACCAUUGUCGGACUCGAAGCAAACUUGCAAUAAAGAAGCAUUUCUGUCAACCAGCUUUGGACAGUUCAUACUUCAUUUCUUCUCACCAAUUGAUUGAAGCCAGGAGGAGCUAAGGAUGUCUGCAAAAUGGCGAGCUUUGCAGCACCGGCACCGGUGCACUUACAGUGCUUUGAUAUUCCCUCAGUACUUCAUCGACUCCCUGAAUCUAUUGCCUUCGGAUAUAUCCUCUCUAAAAUUCUUUACUGAACUGAAAGAGUUGAUUUCUCUGAACUCGACUUACUCUCAAGUUGAACACGUAAAGAAAGUCACUUCGUCUUUUGGAGAGUUGCUAAGCAGUAGUGGAGAUGUUGUAGUUUCAGAGGCAGCCAGGUUUUAUUUGGAGAUACCGUUUCUUGAGAAUUCUCAACCGUUGCACAAAACUCUAGUCUCUGUUCUCGCUAGAGCCCGUGAUCACCAAUCUCUAAUUGCAAGUUGUAUCCGAUCGCUGUGUGAUGAAUAUGGUGUUUUAGGUUCGAAAGGAAAGAGAUUUUCUGUUUGUCGUGUGGCUCUGUCGUUGAUGAGUUGCCCUAAGUUGGGCUUUUUAAUGGAAAUCGUUAAGGAAUGCUCCGUUUCGGUAGCUUUGGAUGUAGCUUUUGGUAUUAAUGCUGUGGUUUCCGAGACUGAAGGUGGCUAUCGGCCUUCCCCCAUUGUCAUGGAGCAAUGUCAGGAGGCAUUGUCUUGUUUAUAUUACUUGCUUCAGCGUUUUCCCUCAAGGUUUACUGAUCCCGUGGGUUGCCGAAGUAGUCUAAUCCCUGAAGAUUCGACCAUAUCUGAGAUUGUUAUGAAAUCAAUAAUAAGAAUAUUGAAUUCACCAGCCUUUUCAAGGGAUUGCUGGGUGGCCGCAGGUGUGAGUUUCUGUGCUGCUCUCCAAGCGUAUAUGAAUCCUCAAGAGCUUGCUUUGUUUCUAGUCAAGGUUUUCUACCAUCAGACUAGCUGUUCAAUUUCUGGUUACGAGAAUGAAUUCAGAAGUUCAGAUUCCGGGUUACCUUAUAAAGGAAAUCUAUGUUUAGAAAUUGAGGAGUUCUCAGUAUUGGGUAGGCUCUGCUUGCUGAGGGGAAUCCUUACUGCAAUCCCGCGGGUGGUGCUCAAUACUCGAUUUAUAUUAUCAAAAGAUAGUUUAGAGGAUGUAGAUUUUCAUGGUAAUAGGAAUGACUUGAUUUGGACUAUACUAUUUGAUGGGAUUUUGUCUGAGCUAUGCAGUUAUUGCGAAGAUCCCAUUGAUAGCCACUUUAAUUUCCAUGUCUUAACAGUUUUGCAGAUCUGCUUCCAACAGAUAAAAACCUCAAUACUAGCCGGACUUGUCAAUCGGUCUGAAAAUUAUGACCCGCUCCCUGAGAACACGGGAACUCGAAUAUUGAGAAUAAUAUGGAAUAACUUGGAGGACCCUCUGAGUCAGACGGUCAAACAAGUUCAUCUCAUUUUCGAUCUUCUUCUAGAUAUUCAAUCCACACUUCCUUUGGCAGAGGGAAGCGAGGUAAGGAAGUCCUUCAUCAGGAAGACUGCAGGGGAUCUUCUUCGUCUAGGGGGGCGUUGCAAGGGAAGAUAUGUUCCUUUAGCUUCUCUUACCAAGAGGUUGGGUGCAAAAACUCUUCUAGACAUGAGCCCAAACUUACUGUUUGAAACGGCUCAUGCCUAUGUAGAUGAUGACGUGUGCUGUGCUGCCACAUCGUUCUUUAAGUGCUUCCUUGAAUGCUUGCGUGAUGAGUGCUGGAGCAGUUAUGGUGUUGAAAGAGGUUAUGUGAUUUUCAGAGGGCACUGCUUACCUCCUGUUCUUUAUGGACUAGUUUCUGGAGUUUCAAAACUCCGUUCUAACUUGAACACUUAUGCGCUGCCUGUUCUGCUUGAAGUUGAUGUGGAUAGUAUAUUUGCAAUGCUUGCUUUUAUCUCGGGUGGAAGUGGAGAUAAAACUGAAAUGUUUUAUCCCGAGCUUUCUGGUGGUGAUAAGGAUCUAAUGGUUGACCAGCAAGUAGCUGCUCUUGUUUCAUUAAUGAAGGUAUCUCGCUUGCUUGCACUGAUAGAAGGUGACAUCGAUUGGUACCAUGGCUCUUCAGUGCUUCAGGAAGAGGAUGGUCUGGAAACAGAAGGUUGUGACCAUUUUGCGUUUGUUUGUAUUAAGGGAAGAAAGGUAAAAGUCAUUGUGGAAUGGCUAGUACUGGCAUUGACCCAUGUUGAUGAAACACUCCGUAUUGAUGCUGCAGAGUCUCUCUUCUUGAAUGCUAAGACAUCUACGCUGCCUUCUGCUUUGGAACUGAACCUAAUGAAGGAAGCUGUGCCCCUGAAUAUGCGGUGUAGCUCAAAAGGCUUUCAGAUGAAGUGGACCAGCUUGUUUAGAAAGUUUUUUGCUCGGGCUAAGACAGCAUUGGAGAGACAGUUUAAAGAAGGUCGCUGGCAGCCGCUACGAUGCUCAGACAAUUAUAAAAUGGACCAGGAUAAGGGAAACAAGGAAAAUAUGGUUGAUAGAGCUCAAAAUCUUUUUUGUUUUAUGAAGUGGUUGAGCACCUUUCUAUUUUUCUCUUGCUAUCCUUCUGCACCAUAUGAGAGGAAAAUUAUGGCCAUGGAGCUCAUCCUGAUAAUGAUCAAUGUCUGGUCUAUAAUACCCAAUUCGCAAGGUAUGUGUAGUUCCAUAUCUCCUGCAACCUGUCUUUAUCCCUACAGUGAAGGGUUCACGCUACCUGAUUCAACUUUAUUGUUGGUUGGAUCAAUAGUCGAUAGUUGGGAUAGACUGAGAGAGUGUUCUUUUCGGAUACUUCUAAAUUUCCCUACCCCACUUCCUGGCAUUUCCAGUCAAGACACAGUCAAGGAAGUGAUUACAUGGGCUAAGAGGUUGGUAUGCAGUCCACGUGUCAGAGAAAGUGAUGCAGGUGCCUUGACUCUACGACUUAUAUUUAGGAAGUAUGUACUGGAGCUUGGCUGGACAGUUGGAGCUUUAGUUAACGUUGUUCCUCAUAAUUCACAAUACAAACUAAUUAAUGGGGAUACAUCAAUUUGUAGAUUGAAAUUCCCUGUGAUAGAUUAUAUACUAUCCUUGAUUGAUUGGUUGCACAUUGCUGUGGAGGAGGGAGAGAAGGAUCUUUCUGAAGCAUGUAAGAACAGCUUUGUUCAUGGUAUAUUGCUUACGCUUCGAUACACUUUUGAUGAGCUGGAUUGGAAUUCCAAUAUUGUUUUAUCCAGCUGUUCCGGGAUGAAGGUUGCACUGGAUAAGCUACUUGAGCUGAUCAUGCGGAUAACUUCAUUGGCACUUUGGGUGGUAUCUGCAGAUGCAUGGUGUCUCCCUGAAGACUUGGAUGAUGUGGUUGAUGAGACUUUUCUUUCGGAUGAACCAGUUGAAAUGGAUGUAGCUAUGUCUUCCCCAGAACUUCAGGUCAAUAAUUCAAAGCUUGUGGACAAUGUCAAACAAGCAGAACAAGUUGUCAUGGUUGGUUCUUGGCUUGCUAUGAAAGAGGUGAGUCUUCUCCUGGGAACCAUCAUAAGGAAAAUACCUUUGCCGAGUUGUGCUUCUUCAGAUUCAACCGAGCAUGGGGAACCUGUUUGUGAAGCUAUUGAUGUGCCACUAGUUACAACAUCUGAUGCAAUGCUUGACAUUAUACAACUUGAGAAAAUAGGGAAUCACUUCUUGGAAAUCCUUCUGAAACUGAAGCACAAUGGUGCUAUUGAUAAGACACGGGCUGGAUUUACAGCUCUUUGCAAUCGUCUACUUUGUUCAAAUGAUCCACGGCUUUGUAAAAUGACAGAGUCUUGGAUGGAACAAUUGAUGGAAAGAACUGUGGCCAAGGGACAGACUGUGGAUGAUUUGUUACGGAGAAGUGCUGGGAUUCCUGCUGCAUUCAUUGCUCUUUUUCUGUCAGAACCAGAAGGAACUCCAAAGAAACUCCUCCCACGGGCUCUAAAAUGGCUAAUUGAUGUUGCUAACAUGUCUUUAACCAAUUCAUCCGGAGCUAAUAGUCAGCAGGCAAUUUGUGCUCCACCAAUUCUGGUGGAUGUGAGUGAAAAUAACUCAAAAAUCCGAGAUGAGGGUGUGAUUCCCAUGGUACAUGCAUUCAAUGUCCUCAAGGCUUCUUUUAACGACACCAAUCUAGCAGCUGAUACAUCUGGUUUUUGUGCCGAGGCUUUGAUUGUUUCAAUACGUUCAUUCUCCUCUCAAUAUUGGGAGGUUAGGAAUAGUGCUUGUCUUGCAUAUACUGCCUUGGUUCGCCGCAUGAUUGGAUUCCUUAAUGUACACAAACGUGAAUCUGCAAGGCGUGCAUUAACUGGGCUUGAAUUUUUUCAUAGGUAUCCUGUUUUGCAUCCUUUCCUGUUCAACGAACUGAAGAUUGCAACUGAGUUUCUUGUGGAUGAAUCCUCUGAACAUUCAGGUUCAAGCAUCGCGAAAGUUGUGCAUCCGAGCUUGUGUCCCAUGCUAAUUCUUUUAUCCAGACUGAAGCCCUCACCACUCAGUAGUGAAAAUGAAGAUGGUCUGGAUCCCUUCCUGUUCAUGCCAUUCAUCAGAAGAUGCUCUACUCAAAGCAAUCUCCGAGUUCGUGUUCUUGCAUCAAGAGCUUUAGCAGGCCUGGUAUCUAAUGAGAAACUGCCAAAUGUCCUGCUCAAUAUUGCCAAUGAGUUGUCUUCUACACACCAUAUGACUAGUAACUCCAUUUCAACUAGCUCAGUUAACAGAAUUGAUGGGAUCCACAUGGCUUCAUUUAAUUCCAUUCAUGGCAUGCUGUUGCAGUUCUGUUCUCUCUUGGAUAACAACUGCAGGAACUUGUCUGAUGUCUCUAAGAAAGGUCGGAUACUUGGUGACUUGAUACAGGUUCUCAUGACAUGUUCAUGGAUUGGCAACCCUAGACUGUGUCCUUGUCCCAUUCUUAACUGCUCAUUUUUACAAGUUCUGGACCACAUGCUUAGUGUUGUGAGGACAUGUAGGAGUGAACAUUAUGGUUCUAUACGUAGCCUCCUCCUUGAAUUGUCUUUGCAAUGCUUAGAUGCAGAGGUUUCUCAUGGAACCCCAUUUUAUGAUCCAACUAAAAUAGAACUCCGUAGGCAGGCAGCCGUCUCCUAUUUCAAUUGCAUUUUUCAAGCAUCUACAGAUGCAGGUGAUGAUCUUCAUAUGAAGCCCCAGAGAUGUUAUCCACCUGCAUUAGAUUCAUCCAAAGCACCUAAAAUUGGGAAUGCUGCUAUCGUACUUGAGGAAAGACUAACACUUUCUUUAUCUGAUACAUCUUACGAAGUUCGACUUGCUACGCUAAAGUGGCUUCUGAAGUUUCUUAAAGCAACAGGAGCUGGUGUAACCAAUGGUCUAUCUGAAAUUGACGCCUACAUUGUUCACCACUGGUCUAAAACUUAUUUGCAGCCAUCACUGAUGCAAAUCUUAGCAGUUGAGGAAAACCCUAGAUGUACUUACUACAUUCUGAGAAUUCUUUUCUCUUGGAACUUGCUGCAGUUUCAGAAAUCAGGUGACCAAUGCAAGGGAACGAUUUAUGUUGGUGGGAUGGAUUAUGAUACAAUAUUUGAAUUUUGGAAUAAUUUAUUAUCCUUGAACAAGUGUGCGAGACAUUUGAAGACUCGUGAAACAAUAUUAUGCUGCAUGGGGAUAUGCGUGAAGCAGUUUUCUUGUUUAUUCAAAAGCUCCUUUCCUUUUGAUUUAGAAAAGAAAACCAUUGAUUCCAGCUUGCUUCAUCAGCCAGAAAAAUGUGCCAGUAUCCUUGGAUGCAUCAAUUCUUUUAUUGUCCUAAUUAAGAAACAUAGUGCCGCAUCUGAGCCAGUCAAUAUGCGCAAGGCAGCUGCAGAAGCCAUUGUAGCAUCUGGGUUGUUGGCAGAAGCUGAGUAUGUGAGUUCUUUUGUCUCAAAUACCCAAAUCCCUUCAGAAGAAAAGUGUCCUCAUUUUGAUCCAUCAGAAGCUGCUGACACUUAUGCUUAUGGAAUACUAGAUUUAUGGUUCACGUGUAUCAGAUUGUUGGAGGACGAAGAUGUUGGGCUAAGACAGAGUCUUGCUGAAGAUGUCCAAAUGUGUUUUACUUUAAAGGCAUCUGGAAGAAGCCAGCAGAAUGGGGUUGUUCCCACCCAGGUGGAGAAAGUGAUUGAAGCAAGCUUUGAGUUUUUGUCUUCAAUUUUUGGUCACUGGAUUGUGUACUUCAAUUAUCUUUCAAACUUGGUUCUGGACACUGCAAGUUGCACACUAACCAGAGGAGAUCUAGUCAGACGGGUUUUUGACAAAGAAAUUGAUAAUCACCAUGAGGACAAGUUGUUGAUUUGCCAAAUUUGUUGUUUCCAUUUGGAGAAGCUUCCUAUCUCCAAGUCUUGGGCAGUCAACGUGGACAAGGAGGAGGUCAUGAUUUUCUUGCAGAAAAGGAGACUGAGGUUUUACCAUCAUUUGGUAUCUUUUUCUGGUGAUUAUUUAGGGGUCCAUGAUGGUGUUGAUUGGAUUGGCGGCAUGGGUAACCACAAGGACACAUUUAUCUCAUUAUAUGCAAAUUUGCUCGGCCUUUAUGCCCUCUCACAAUGCCUCUUCAAUGAAGAAGCUGAGAUUGGUGUGCCUCUACUCCCUGACCUUGUUGAACUUGGAGGAACUAUCAGACCGUUUGUUAGGAACCCGUUAAUUUCUAACUUGUAUUCAUUGGUGAUUCAAUUACACGAGAGAAAGCUUGGCGUUGUGGAAUCUUUCGGUAAUGAAUCCAGAGGUGAUUCGUUCAUCUGGGAAGGUUUUGAUCCUUACUUUCUUCUGAGGUGAACUGUAAUUUAUACAAUGCUGGCAUUACCCAUUUCAAGCUGAUAGAAGAGUACAGCUUAUUUCAAGAAGAUUAGUACUAAAUGUUUCUCUUUAGUGUUUGAAAAACAUACAGCUCUUGUUCAUCGCAUAACUGGGGUUUUGCUUGCUGAGAACCCUUGGAAGGUAACGUGCUGCUGAAAGAAGAGCGAGCUUGAGAAAUUUGGUAAUGGUUAUAAGUUAAAUACACCACAUUGUUAUAAUUUAUAACAUAUUCCACAUCUAGGAAUGGAAAUUGUCUUUUUUGUUUGACACAUAAA